AUGACUCAGUUUAGACCAGCAGGCCUUUCGGAUGAUGAUUCGGACAUCGAUGACUGUGGUUUCUAUGAAAGACCGGCAAGGAAUUAUAAUUCUCCGCAGCUAAAUGAGAAGAAAAAGAUUGAAAUCAAUCUUCAAGAUGCUAUUAUAAAUGGUAACUUGCAGGAGGUUGAAGAGAUUGUGGCAGCAGAAUUAAACUAUGAAGGGAAUGUGAAACUGGACAGUGGUUGGACUCCCCUGAUGCAUGCUUGUUUCCAUGCACAAGACAAAAUUGUUAAAUACUUGUUAGAUAUAGGAGCUGAUCCCAACUUUCAUUCAGACUCUGUAACACCAGUGAUGAUGGCUUGCUCAAACAGCAGUGCAAGUGAUGAAGCAAUAUUCAACAUUGUUAUGAGUUUGAUAGAAAAGGACUGUGUAUUGAAUAUUGGUGACAAAUAUGGUCAGACACCAUUAAUGAGAGCUAUCAGUAGUGGUAGAGCGGCAGUAGUCUCGAAACUUAUAGAUCUGAAAGUAAAUAUUGAAAUGCGGGACCAGCAAGGAUGGACAGCUGUAUUUUGGGCAGCACACCAUAAUAGACCUGAAAUAUUAGAAAUGCUAAUCAAUCAAGGCGCAAGAACGACAGAAGUGGAUAGAAGCAACCGCACCUUAAUGGAUAUUGCUGAAUCCCAUGAGUACCAGGGUAUUAUAGAUAUACUCAAAAAGCAUCUGGAUAUUGAAGAAGACGAGCAGUCAGAUAGUACUUAUAAUUUAGAAGUAACACCUUGGCAAGAUUAUUACCCAGGCAUGAGUCAUGGAAGACCAACUUACACGUCUGAAAUUCCGCAUCUUCUGUAUGGCAUGAACUGUGAGAGAUUGACCUCCCUAAUUAUGAACUGUGGCAUGGAUUUAAGAUCCUUCUUGCUGUUAGACGAAUCGGAUAUGAUCAAAAUUGGCGUUGAGAUGCCGUAUGAAAGACAAAGACUUAAAACUGGGUUAAGAAAUUUUCAUAAGAGGGGCUGGAAACUUAAUGCUGUUGCCGGAUUGUAUGCAAGGAAGUCGGAAAAUUAUAGUGUACUAGAAUGUUUAACGUCACUGGGCACUCACCUCCAACAAAUUUACAUAUUAGAAGCUACUCUACAAUAUACUUUGCGUGAAUACAAUAAGAUUCAGAAUCAAAUGAAAUUUGAACCACCGGAUUCACCCACCCUUGUCAAAAUGAAGGAUGCUGCUAAGAAACUGCUAAAUAAUAUCAAUAACAUUAUUAGAGAAAGUAAAAACAUGAAGAAAAUACUCAAUAAGAUAGUUCGAAACAAUCCCGUGCCCGCGGACUUAAUUAGAGAGAAAACAGUACAAGAAAUCGCGAAGAGUUACCUCACCGAAGCUCUAGUCGUUGUCUCCAUAGGUUUGAUAGUGUAUCAUACAAAACACUUGUUUAUAAGUUUCCUUAAAAAGUAG